GAAUCAGGGACCUCGAAAAAAAGAUAUAAAGUUACUAUUGUAUUACCAGAUGAAGUAUUACCAUCAAAAGAAGAAAUGCCAAUUGGAUUCUUCAACCAAUCUUAUACCCCUGAUGAUAUACAUGGAUUUCAAUCAGACAUGAAUCCAAAGCUUAGAGAAACUUUAGAAACUCUUGAGGAUGAUGCUUACAUAGAAAACGAUUUGAUGAUGCUCUUAACGCUGAAGAAUUACCUGAAGAACAAGAGAAUUAUGAAGAAAAAAAGGCUGAAGAGAUUCCGUUGUGCUAAACUUCGAUUAUUGGAUGAUCAAUUUGAAAAGAUCGAAAAGGAGUUUAUGGAAGAUAAUGACAAUGAUUCUGAUAUCGAAUCAACGUCGUCUUCUCAAGACCGGAAAAUUGUGCCAAAAUCAGAAGAUACUGUACAAAAUCAAUUGGAAGCAAUUCGUCAAGAAUUAAGACAAGUCCAUCUUAAUGAACAAGGAUCUGAGUUAAAGGAAGAAAUGGUUUACAAAGCUACUAAGACGAGUAAAGAGUAUGUAGAGGUUGAAAGUGAACUAUUUACAAAAAUAUAG